CCAAUCCGGUUUCAGCUAGUUUUUCCUUCCAAUGGAACAGUAACGUCUCGCUGCGCUGUAUUAGGCUGUAUUGGCACAGCUUUAUCCAGCAUAUACCACUGUAUUUUCUGUUUCACUUACUUUAAUUCGGCUCUUUUUUUUUUCUUUUUUUUAGUAAAAAAAAAAAACUCCCCACACAAACCAACAAUGCCUAAAAGGAGCAAAGCAGCAGCAGGUGGCGACUCAGCGCCAAAGAGGAGAUCUCUUAGGUUGAAAGAUAAGCCUGCACCUGCAAAAGCAGAGGCCAAACCCAAGCCAAAGAAGGGACCUGCUAAACCUAAGAAAGCCAAGGAGGUGGAAAAGGCCAAGCCUGAGGAAAAAGCACCAGAGGCCCCAGCUGAAAAUGGCGAAGCCAAAGCUGAGGAAGAGGCUCCCGCCACGAACGCAGCCGAUCAGAAAGACGAGGCAGCUGAAUAACAUCACUCCAGCUCUGUCUUUUACCAGUGCUCCCUGUACCUCUUUUCUUGUACAAUUCAGGGGAAUAUUUUUAUCAACUAUUUUCUAAAUACAGGUUUUUUAGUAGUUUGAUUGUAGAGAACACUUUUUUUUAAACGAAACAACAAAAAAACAUAAAUUUGGACACGGGGAAACUCAUCAAACCCCACAAUUUUUUCAUCAACUCGAAUUUUCCGUCAUUGUUACUGUCAGUGGAUUUCAUUUGAGUUUAAAUGUGAAGGAGGGGAGGGGAGGGUAGGGGGGUGGGUUAGCACGUCAAACACGGAAGCUUGACGAGCAGGGGCAACAACUGGAAGAGCUUACCUGCGUGGAGUACAUUCCAUAAGCUUUAUAAGGGACAGUCUGUAGUGUGUGCUGGGGUGGGGGUGGAUGUCACCGUACAACUCAUUGUUUUCUUGUUUAUAUUGAAGAACAGUGUUUUAGAAUGUUUGUAAGUUUUUCCUAUUUGGUUAUUCAUGUAUUCAUGCCGUUUUCUUACCCAAUUCAAUCAAUAAAUCCUUAAAUUCCUAGUAUUGCAGCUUUCCCAUUGAAAACUGUGCAUCGCAUGUGUUGGUUGUCUGUCAUGUGAUAGCAUCGCAAUAAAUUUGUAUAGCUGCUGUGAAAAGAGUUUUCAAUCUUUCAAUCUGCAGUGUGUAACGGUACAUUGUAAGGAUGGUGAAAAAGGAAUUUGUUUUUAGCCAUGCUAAAGUAGUAUUUACAUUACCAAGCAAACUCCUGAGGGUGGCUUCUUUAAAGCCAACAGACAAACUGUUUUUUCACACCAGUAGCCAUAUUCUUGUGGGUUUUAGGUGUCUGUAUCAAGUCCACAUGUGCAGUUUUUUUUUUUUAUUUGUCUAGAGAUGUACUUGUGUAAUUAUUGUUAACAAACCAAUAAAACGCAGUUGGUAGCUGUUA